AUGGGGCUGACCUUCCCCGUGGGAUUUCUUUGCUUUUUAGGGAAAUUCGAAAAAGAUUCCACUGAGUGCUUAAAGCAUCUGGAACCUCUGGAGAAAGAGGAAGGUCAAAAUUUGCACAAAGAAGACUCAGAGGAGGAAACUGAGUGGCCCGAUCCACUUGCGCUAGGAGGCCUGAUUCCAGAGAAGCAUUUUGCUUCAUUCGACUUGUGUUUCUUGCAAGAGUUUAUCUUUAAACUUCUGAAAAUCAAGGAAUUUGAGCUCAGAGAGCUGAGGAAGACUCUAGAAAGAGCCCGAGUGGAGCAGGAGGCCCUGCAGAGGCAGCUGGUAGAGUUCCAGAACCAGCAGCAGAGGCUGGAGGUAGAGCUGGUGGGCCUGAAGACCUACGGGGUCGUCCUGGAGAAGGAGUUUGAGAACCUGAACAUGGUACUGAUGUUGUCCCACUUCAGCCUGCAGGUGAUGGACACGGCGUAAAGUGGUGCCCCUCCCCCGCACCCGCGGCAGGACCUCUCCCAGGAGCUCCGGGUUCAGCUUCCACAGAGGCACCUCUCUCCGCGGAGAAAGGACCAAAGAUCCUGGGACUUACAUACGGGACAGUCAGGAUGGAUCUACUGACAGGGGAAAAUAAAUUGUGUGUGUAUGUUUGUGCAA